AAACCGGAAAAGCCUCCAUUUUCUUACAUCUCGUUAAUAAUCAUGGCAAUUCAGUCAUCCAGUAGCAAAAGAUGCACGUUAAACGAAAUCUACUCCUACCUACAGCGCAGGUUUCCAUUCUUCAGAGGUUCCUACCAAGGUUGGAAGAAUUCUGUUCGACACAAUCUUUCACUAAACGAGUGUUUUGUUAAACUGCCGAAGGGUUUGGGAAGACCUGGGAAAGGCCAUUUCUGGACUGUGGAUCCCAGCGCAGAUUUCAAAUUCGAGCAUGGAGCCUUUCGACGAAAACCAAAACUUUUUAAA